AUGCCUGAACUUCAAAACGCGAGAGGUAACUCUCGUGUAAAUACUGAAGAGGCAAGGAGAAAUGCAAGAAAUUGGAACGAUAUUACCCAGAGGCGGAGUUUAAACACGGUAACGUCGAAUGGCGCACUUUUUCGCGAAUUGUUCAAGAAAGCGGAGAAGAAGUUACCGCGGAUGAAAAGCGUCGUUAAUGUCAUACCUCCGUACAGAUGUAUUCAUAAACAUCUGCAACGGAUGAGCGUGUUUCAAGAGAAAACGAAGAAAAUGUUAUGCAAGGAGCAACUGGAGCUGGAAAUAAUGAACAGCAAAAUGUCAUGCAUCGAGAAGCUAUUGAAACCGGAGGAACAAUCCGGAUGGCGUCGUAGCAGAUCACCGAAGAUAUAUCAUCGUCCAAUCAACGCAGAGGUGUCGAAAUAGCAAGUAAGAAUAUAUAUUGGAAUGUAAUACUAAUAUGUAUGAAACAAUUUUGGCACUAUUCCAUUCUCAAUUUCAUAACUGGUGACGUUGUCAAUAACGAUGUUAAUUGAUGUAAAUGAAAUAAUUGUUGCCUGACAUCAUGUUUUAAACAGAUAGUAUAAAUCUCAUGACAUAUAUAAUGGAGUAAUACAUUUACAUAUCCCCAUAAUAUGCUCAUUAAUUGUGAGCAGUUAAUUGUAAACAUUAAUAACUGUGAUUUGAUAAAUGUCUCGAAAUUAAAUUGAAUUUAUUUAGUCCAUUCAUUCUGUGUAUAUUUAUGAAUACGGAAGACAAAUUAUAAUGGCAUAGUAUAUGCUAUCAUAGACAUAAAUUAAUACAAUUUUUAAUAAAUUACAACCGCGUUCGAUAAAGUGUAAAGUCAACAAUAUUUUUACGCGAUUUUUAGCGAAAAAAUAACGGUUGCAAGCUAUGGUUCUGUCACAUUGUGGUAUUGUUGCUGUGUAUAUCCUUGUUCAAACAAAUGUAAUUUUCGUAUGAUCACGCGUAAAACAGUAUAAAUCGUGACCUAUUAAAUAAACUGUAUACUGUAUAAAAGCGCGCCGUUUCUAUGACAAAACUUUCGCUGUUGAAGUAGGCAGCGGUGCGCCAAACUUUUGUGCGUGCUGAAAUUUAUCGAAAAAGAAUGCGACAGCCUUUUUGCGGUUGACCAUUCGAGUAUUUGUGAAUUUUUUAAAAAGUGAACGCUAUAACGUCGCUUGCAUUGCUAUUCUGCCUUUUUUUUACGUUUCGAUAUUCAAAUAUUUUAGAUCAUGUUAUUCAGUUAAUGCAUUUAUACAAAAAGAAUUAAAAUUGUUUAGAAUGAGUACCACGUUUUAUAAUACGCUUCGUAUAAUUAUGUAGAUAUAUUUAUUCGAUCGUUUAAGAUAUUUGUUAAAUUCUUCGCAUCAUUCUAAUUCAGUUAUAAUAAUAAGGUAAAACAAGAAAAUUUUGCAUUUACAAAGAAACGUUCAAUAUAUCAUCUUCAUGCUUAAACUAAUUCGUCCAACGUAAAAUUAACCGAAUAGUCCUUGAGAUCGAAGAAUUAUUCGAAUAUAUGGGCGAUAUACGUCAUGCAACAAUGAGGGCUAUUGUGAGCGCAACACCAUUGUCUUAAGAUAUAUACAACCGUUGAAGUUUAACUCUAUUAUCUCACUCGUAAAUAAGAAAAGACAAUUUAGCAUGAUUACAAUCUACCAAACUUCAACGUCUAUUAUCUCAAGGCGAUCGCUCGCUUACGUUACGCGUGAUCGUUGCGAUGCAUUUGUGCAAUACGUAUCAUCCAUGUAAUAGUCUAAAUAACUUCAACUACGAUAAAUUCACACAGUG